AACAUUAUUAUUAUUUGAAAAAUAUGAAUUUCCUAUUUAUAUUACUAGUAAUUAUUUUUUUUAAUUUGAUUGAAUGUGAAGACAAAUGUCCGGCCGAUUGGGACCCGUAUGACGAUCAGCGAAAAUGUUUGAAAAUAGUCGACGACUCACUACAAACCUAUACCAAUUCAAUGGCUACCUGUGCUAAGUUGGCACCGAAUGCAACCCUAUUGACAAUACAUUCAUCGGGAGAACAGGACUUUUUGAAUCGGUAUCUAUAUGUCGACAACAAAUUAGUCGAUACUAUAUGGUUGGGCGGUGUAGUUCAAGGUAACAAUAUUAUGACCUGGCUAGAUAAUAGCCCAGUUAGCUAUACUAAUUGGUUCGAGGGUCGUCCUAGACAACAACAAUCAACAAUUAAUUGUGUUGAACAACAAUCGGAGCCAACUAUCCAGGGUAAAUGGUAUGAUAUAUAUUGUACAAAACGUAACCAGGUAGUUUGUCAUUUGAUGAUGCAAUCAUCGAUACCAGUAAUUGAUUUGGAAAAGUUAAUAUUAGAAACUAGGAAAUACGUACAAGAUCAAAUUAAAAUAUUGAAAAAUGAAAAUGCUAGACAACAAGUGGAAUUGGAUAAUCUGGUAGCCAAUCCCGUUCCCAUUGGUUUUAUAUACGUGCAACUAUCUGGUCAACCCGAACCCAGUCAACUAUGGUCACAAUCACCGACAAUUAAAUGGCUAGAAGUGACCUCAGAUUAUUCGGGUCUAUUUUUUCGGGCCGAAGGUUCCGAUUCGGCCCCGUUUGGUCAGAUACAGGCGUCGAACUCUAGCCGAUUGGCAGCUAUUAAGACACAGUCGUGUAUGGGAACAGUCAGCGACUGUGAAUAUACUGUCUAUUCGAUACCUGAGUCCGGUUGGUCAGUUGGUUUGGUGAAAAAUUUUAUUAACAAUGGCUUAUAUGUGUAUAUGACUUCCGGCGAGAAUCGGCCCCGUAAUCAAGCUAUACGUAUAUACAAACGUAUUGCUUGAUAGUAG